CUUGAAGCUUCCAACGGCUCCGAAGUUCCGAGCUGAAAAGGAGUGCACAAUCAUAGAUCCAUCAACAAAGAACACAUCCCCACCAACCACAACCAACCAACAUCAGGCAGCAUCGAUCAGAGCGCAAGUUUUAAUAAAUUGAAAUGAAUAGCAGCAGCGGAAGCAGAUCCAGAGUCCAGCUCGGUAUUCAACAAGCUGACGUGGAAGCCCUUGCUUCCGCGAUCAGUAAGGAUAAUGCAAUGCAUGUUCCCAUGGUUCCUGAUGCCGUAGAAAAAGUUGUUUAUCAAUCUGCCAUCAAGCUGACCUUUAAUCUCUUCUACAAGGGAAUCUCAGGGCUGGAUGGUUUGGGGCUGGUACCUUCUUCUUCCUCUAAUGGGAGAGAACUCCACUUGGAUCGGAUGCAUCUAGAUAGGGGAGGACAAGGCAGCAUGAGUGAAGUGCAGUAUCGACAAUGGAAGUCUUUUGCAACCAAGCUGGAUCUGGUUCCUCUGGAACGAUUGGCAUCAGCUUUGAUUGAUAACGAGGCAGUGAAUCUCACUGUCGUCCCGGACAACAUUGAAAAGGAAAUCUACUUCAACUGCCUCAAAAUCAUUUUCUGGGUGAUUGAUAUUAUGAGUUCCAACAUCAAAGUUACCCUGUGCGGGCACACCAUAUCCAUGAACUUUGCCCCUGCUACAUCUUCCUAUUUGGGUUCUCGGGGUGGUAAUGGUGCCGCCGUCUCUCAGUUGGUGAGUCAAAUCAACGCUUUCAUGGUCAACCCGCAAACAAUCAAAGACUUUCAGAAUCAAGCCAAGGCUCUCCUCCAAAUGGACGGGAAGAGUCCAGGAUCCAAGAAGGGAAAUGGUUCCAAUUCGGUCAAGAGUGGGCUUGCCUGGAUGAAGUCCUCCUUGAACAAGAUCCAACAAGAGAUGAUUCAACAGUUGAAUGUUUCGCUUUAUGGUCUGAUUCUUGCCAUUGUGGAUGACCUGCUCAAGAGCACAAAAAUUGAAAUCCUCAAUGAUGAGAUCUCUCUUCGGGUGGCGUCUGCAGGUGGAGGCAAGAACCACGGUGCAAGAAAGGACAACAAUCUCCGCUCAAGUAACCUGAAUGGCACUGGCGUGGAUGACGUUGCUUUGGCUGUAGAAGCUAGUCUUGCCUCCUUGGAAUUUGAUCAAGAGAGGGCUCUCUUACAGCGACGAUUUCAGCAAUGGUCUCCCGAAGAAAGAGCCCAAAUGCUCAGGGAUCUUGGUCAGAUUUAGGGUACCUGUGGUAUUUCUUUUUUUGUGAACGGCCGAUGAAAAUGACAACCAACAUCAAUCUUCAAGAAGAACUUAGACCGUUCGCUUAUGAAAUAAAAUAUGAUGUCUUGACUGCUACUUGCACUACCCCGUACCGGCACAAAGCUACAGG